AAGACAGGAUUCUCGAAUUGAAGAGUGAAAUUUGGGAUUUGUGGUAAGCGAGAGGUCGAAGAAGAAGCAGUAGGGGUUUGUUAAUCGUAGCAAAGAUUAGGGUUUGGAAGACGGGAUUCACGAAUUGAAGAGUGAAAUUUGGGUUUUGUGGUUAGCAAGAGGUCGAAGAAGAAGCAAUAGGGGUUUGUUAAUCGUAGCAAAGAUUAGGGUUUGGAAGACGGGUUUUUGAAAUUUGGGUUUUGUUGUUUGUCUUCUCCAAUUUCUCAUCAUCUUUCUCAGAGAAUUAGGGGGUUGAGUAAACGAUUUUUGUUUUGCAGUGAGGUUUUAGGGAUUUGCUUCUCUCUUCUCAGGGAAUCAAGAGGUCGAAGAAGAGGCAGUAGGGGUUUUGUGUUCUGUUUUUCUCCAAUUUCUCAUCUCAGAGAACUAGAGGAUUUUGCAGUAGAGGUUUUUUGUUAUUGGAAUUCUUUGUUUCACCAUCUCCAAUUUCGUUUGCAUAGUUUCUUUCUAAUUAAGUUUUGUUGUAUGGCAUUUUGAGGUUUCUUCUGAUCUUUGAAAUCUUAAUUUCCCAUACUUUAAAACCUUAAUUAUCGACCUUUGUUCUUUUCUCUGUUUUUUACACUAUGCCUAGGGUUAAUUGUUCUUGUCCAGAGCCAUGUUUGAGUCCCAUCUCUCAAUGUUCUGCUUCACAGAAUGCUAACGAUUUGUUCCAGUGCCCUUUCAGAGGAUUUGAGGGUUGCAAGAAUGGUGUUGGUGGUAGGGGUUUUGUUAGAGGCUAUAUUGUCAAACACCUCACUGAUAAGCAUUUGUCUAAUGAUGAAGGUAAAGAAAGAUGCAGGGAUAGGAUUCAAAACAAUGGUGCGGUAUAUGCGUUAUGGGAAGAUGUACUUCAGCGGCUUAAGAUGUGGUUAUGCACGCAGUGUAUGCAUUUGCAUGCUUGGAGGAAAUGCUGCAAAGUACAUGGAAGUGUUAUAGUACCUGCACCCUUCACUGGUGGCGAUGUCGAAUUCCUCAUUCAUGGUAUCCCAAAACCAGCUGAAGAGGAAGCAUAAGCAAGAAGAUACUAACUUACGCUUAUGUAAAAGAAAAUUAAGUCAGGGAAGGCUUACUGCUGCAAUUAAAGUUCUUACUUCUAGUGGUGUUGCUCCUUGUAACGAAGAUACUAUGAAUUUUAUAAGUAGUCAUGAUAUGAAUGUUAAAAUUAGUGAUUUUCUUUUCCAUAGAUUAGGAAUUGUUAUUCAAAAAGGUGUUGGUGCCGAGCUCGUUGCUAGGUUGCCGACAAGUUAUUUGUAAAUUCUCUUAAAUUUUUAAUUCUUUUAAAUAAAAUAUAAUA